AUGUCCAAGUUGCUCAGCUUGGUCGGUGGUGGCGAAGAACCAGAGCCGGAAGAUGAAGUGGUCCUCUCAUACGUCGAGCAGCCAGUGUGGGGUCAAUCGCUGACGAAAGAUGAGGUGGAAGAGCUGAACGAUGAACUGUCAGAGUUGUUCAAGGAGCUGGGCGUUGACCCAACGACGUAUAUCAACAGGCCCCUUGAUGACUUUGCGUCACCAGCAGACUUCUAUGAAGACCUGACCCAGAGACUGGAAGCGGAUGGCCAAGAGGUAGAUGUUUCCGAAACGCUGGCCACCAGGCUGGGUGAUGACCAUCCGCUGGUGAUUGAGCUGCGCAGAAGGGAGGCACUUGCGGAUGUCAGGUUCCUCGAUGGAUUGAUAAAGGAGGAGGCUGGUCCAGAGAAGGCAGCAAUCAUCUACAAGAAGGUGCCAGAGGAGUUCCACACACCAUUGGAGUAUUACAAGGAGCUGCAGAAAGGCGCCAGGGCGAAUGGUAUUGAUCUUGCACCCCUGAUUGAGGCAAAGCUGGGCAAGACACAUCCGUUACCAAUGGCGCUUCGUGGAGUAGCGAAGGUUGUACCAGAAGAACUCCAGGACUUGCUGGAUGUCGCAAAGCCUGGCCCAGCUGACACAGAAGGUGUGCCCAACGCUGCAAAGGCCUUGCCAGGAGUGGAGAAGGGCACUCCAGCUGCUGCAAGGGACAACCCAGAGGGAGGACUUGUGUCCAUGGCGCCGAGCAUGGGCGGUGCUGGCCAGGAACCAGAGCCGUGUGAUGAGGUGGUCAUCACGUACAUCGAUCAGCCUGUGUGGGGUCAAGCUUUGACGAAACCCGAGGUGGGGGAGCUGAACGAUGAACUGGCAGAGUUGUUCACAGAGUUAGAGAUCGACCCAACGAAAUAUUUCAACAGAGCUCUUGAUGAUUUUGACUCACCUGCGGACUUCUACGAAGAACUGAGCGGCAGACUGGAGGGGGAUACACAAGAUGUGGACGUCACGGAGACCUUGGCCACCAGGCUUGGAGACGACCACCCGCUGGUGGUCGAGCUGCAGAGGAGGGAGGCCCUUGCGGAUGUCAAGGUGUUGGAUGAGUACAUCAAGGGGGAGCUGGGCCCAGAGAAGGUGGCGAUCGUCUACAAGAAGGUGCCGGAUGAGUUCCACACGCCUUUGGACUAUUACAAGGAGCUACAGGGAGUGGCCAGAGCGAAUGGGAUGGACCUGGUUCCCAUCAUCGAAACCAAGCUGGGCAAGACUCAUCCGCUGCCGUUGGCGCUUCGCG